CGUUAUUUAAACUUGAAUCAAGAGAGGAGGAAAGUUUUCUCAGACGGGACAGCGUUGCCUAGCAGCUAGGCAGAGGACUCUAGCUACUUCACGUUUUUGUUUCCCGCAUAUCGAGGAACCGCGGAUAUCUCCUCUCUCUCUCUGUCACCUCGUCUGCUUCCCUCUCGCAGUCCAUUUUGCCAAAAAAUGACCCAGACCGUGACACUAAAGGGACCCUCUCCUUGGGGUUUUCGUCUGGUGGGUGGACGGGAUUUCAGCACACCGUUAACCAUCUCCCGGGUAACACCAGGCAGCAAGGCGGCCCAAGGUGACCUGUGUCCAGGCGACACCAUCUUGGCUAUCAAUGGCGACAGCACAGAGCUCAUGUCACACAUGGAGGCUCAGAACAGGAUCAAAACCUGCACUCAGCAGCUCACGCUCAACAUCAGCAGGUCGGGAUCAGGAGACAGAGUUUGGUCGCCAACAGUUAGUGAAGAUGGCAAGACAAGCCCUUACAUGGAGCCUGACUCACAGAAUUUCCGUCCCAUCACCAGUGGAUAUGGCGGUUCCAGUCGCAAACCUUCAUAUACCUCUGAACCCCAGUACCAGCAGCCACCCCAGUCCCCUCAGGCUCCUCUGUACCAGCCAGCACCCCAGUCCCCUCAGGCUCCUCUAUACCAGCCGCCACCCCAGUCCCCUCAGGCUCCUCUGUACCAGCCGCCACCCCAGUCCCCCCAGGCUCCUCAGCCCACUCACCUGAAUAACGGACACUCCAGACCCAACAACGGCCACAGCUAUGGAUACGGCAACGGAAACGGGAACGCUCAGUACAACAACCCAGCGGGACUUUAUCAUAAUGGCAGCAAUGGAGACAGAUCUCUGCCAAGCAAGAUGGGAGGCCUGAGCCUCAGCGCCACUCAUAGCCCAGAGCCACCCACACACUCCCCCGGGGGUCGCAAUGGCUUCGACCCACACUCAGACGUCUACAAGAUGCUGCAGGACUACGAGGAGCCCGCCUCUGCACCCAAACAGUCUGGCUCCUUCAAAUACCUCCAGGGAAUCCUGGAAGCUGAGGAUGGAGGUGUGUCUCCAACAGACAGAAUGAGGAACUUAAAGUCUCCGGUCAGGUCUCCAAUCCCCAAACUGGGAAGCCCCAUCCCCAGCCCAAUGUCUGGUCUUCAGAAGCUGCCUCAGUGCACACGCUGCUGUAACGGCAUUGUUGGCACCAUCGUGAAGGCCAGGGACAAGCUCUACCAUCCCGAGUGCUUCAUGUGCGACGACUGCGGCGUCAACCUCAAGCAGAGAGGCUACUUCUUCAUCGAGGAAAAUCUGUACUGUGAGACCCACGCCAAGGCACGCGUCCAGCCGCCAGAGGGCUACGAUGUUGUUGCGGUUUACCCCAACUCCAAGGUGGAGCUAGUCUGAGCUCUACUGCAACAUAACUGGGAAACUAAAAUGUGGGAGAAUGGGGCUACUGAGUAUCCGAGCCUACAUUUAUCAGGUUCUGUCAGGCAGGAAUGACGAUCUUGGAUCAGUUGUGCCUUUGGGAGAGUCCUAUGAAAAAUGUUUUUUCAGUGAUCCAAGAUCAGCAUCUCUACACUGACAGUCUUGAUCAAUGUUAUGUAUAUUGAGCAUUUUAAAAUAUGUAAGAAUAAGGCUCGGAUCUGAUGAGUGUCCAAAAACUCAAGCUCCCAACCUGACAGCCCUCAUCUCUCAAUCAGUGUGUUUACAUUGAAUUCUAGAGAAAAAUUUUGAAUCAGUUAAGGUCAUAUUCAAAAAGUAUGUUCAUAUCCACAUCACAAGCACAGCAUGUGUGAAUAUUCCAUGUAAUAAGCAAGAAAUGCACAGAUGGCAAAAGUCUGCAGAUAAUAGAGCUAACAUGCAGUUUGAUAUUGCAACACCAGCUUUUAUAGGAACCAGCACAAGUUUACUACCAGCAUAAUAUUCAAUGUCCCAUGACAACACUCGUUCAAGCCUUAAAAUAACAACUUCAGUGUGUGUGUGUGUGUGUGUGUGUGUGUGUGUGUGAUGAGGGUUAUCACAAGAGCAUUUGGAGUUGAUUGGUGUGUUUGGAGUUGGUGGUUUUUCUGCUAUCUGAUACAUUUAUGCAUUCAGGUAUUCUAACAGUUUCCCAUGCAGUUUUCCAUGCACACUACAAAAUGUCAAUCUGUGUUUUUGCAAAGUCUUUUUAAGAUCUAAUGAUAUUUUGCUAAAGCUUCGGUUAAGGGUUUUUAAAGUGUCUUUUUAACUAUGUUACAGUUAUGCAUUAUACUCCUGUUGCAGAUGGACUUUUGCAUUUUGUAAUUUACAUCUAUGCAGUUUAUUAUUCAGACUUUCACUGUUAAAAACUAGGGGACAUCUCUGUUUGAUGGUCACUUUUUCGCUCACUUUUCAGUUACAUGAAACAAUAAGCAAUAAUUCAUUAUAAGCAGUUCUCCUGAUUGUGAUUUGAAUGUGUUUCAGUAUGCUUUGGUGAGUGGGUUUACCAAACUAUAACCAAUAGUAAAUGUCUCCUUUGCAGCGUUCCCAGCACCACCCUCUGAAAUGUAAAUAAAACCCUGCAGGAGACACUCUAUACUUAAUAGAAUUUCUCCCAGAUGUGAUCACAACAGCCUCAAUUUAUAAACAACUAAUUGCAAGAAAUGAGACUUUAAUGGUGAAGCAACUUAGCCUAAUGUUGUGCAUGCAUGCAUGCAAUGAUUUCAUUUUAAAACAGUGUGAUACACAUUCAAAGAAGAUUGUAACUGAGGUGCUCUCAAGCACCUGACUGAGAGAGGAAUUUCAACUCUCACUCAUGUUCACACUGAAGAAUUCCAGUUCAUAAAAACAAGAGCAUGGAGUUCACCGGGUCUGUUUAUUAAAAACACUCCAUUUCGACACUGAUAUGCUCUCCGCCUCGCAUGACAACUUUUAAAAAUGCUCAUGUGCUCUUGAGACGGAGACACAGCUGUAAAAAAAAAAAAAAAAAAAAAGU